UGUGCUGGCGGCUGGAACCGCGGGGAGUGCGGCGUUCGCUGCGGUGUUUCUCGUGCCGGUUUCGCGCGGCCCGCCGGAGACUGAGGGAAGAAAGGCUGGUGCUCCGCCUCGCCCGCUUGAGUUGGACGUAGAGUAGUCCCUUUCCGCCAGGCAAGUGCUGUAGGAAGCGGACCCCGCCCCCUUCCCGGCCUAGACUUCCUUUCCCCUCCCUGCCCCCGGCCCGGUGGGGACCCCCUCGGUUCCUCUUGUGCCGGCAGCGAGCCCCUGCCAAGGUCAUGAGGCUCGUGAGGAAGGACAUCGAGAAAGACAAUGCGGGCCAGGUGACCCUGGUCCCCGAGGAGCCGGAGGACAUGUGGCACACCUACAAUCUAGUGCAGGUGGGCGACAGCUUGCGCGCCUCCACCAUCCGCAAGGUACAGACCGAGUCCUCCACGGGCAGCGUGGGAAGCAACCGGGUGCGCACUACCCUCACUCUGUGCGUGGAGGCCAUCGACUUCGACUCUCAGGCCUGCCAGCUGCGGGUCAAGGGGACCAACAUCCAAGAGAAUGAGUAUGUCAAGAUGGGGGCUUACCACACCAUCGAGCUGGAGCCCAACCGCCAGUUCACCCUGGCCAAGAAACAGUGGGACAGUGUCGUUCUGGAGCGCAUCGAGCAGGCCUGUGACCCAGCCUGGAGCGCCGAUGUGGCAGCUGUGGUCAUGCAGGAAGGCCUCGCCCAUAUCUGCUUAGUCACUCCCAGUAUGACCCUCACUCGGGCCAAGGUGGAGGUGAACAUCCCUCGGAAACGGAAGGGCAACUGCUCCCAGCAUGACCGGGCCUUGGAGCGGUUCUAUGAACAGGUGGUCCAGGCCAUCCAGCGCCACAUCCACUUCGAUGUUGUAAAGUGCAUCCUGGUGGCCAGCCCCGGAUUUGUGAGGGAGCAGUUCUGCGACUACAUGUUUCAACAAGCCGUGAAGACCGACAACAAAGUGCUCCUGGAAAACCGGUCCAAAUUCCUUCAGGUCCAUGCCUCCUCUGGACACAAGUACUCCCUGAAGGAGGCCCUUUGUGACCCUGCCGUGGCUAGCCGCCUUUCAGACACUAAAGCUGCUGGGGAAGUAAAAGCCUUGGAUGACUUCUAUAAAAUGUUACAACAUGAACCAGACCGAGCUUUUUAUGGACUCAAGCAGGUGGAGAAGGCCAAUGAGGCCAUGGCAAUUGACACAUUGCUCAUCAGCGAUGAGCUCUUCAGGCACCAGGAUGUGGCCACUCGGAGCCGGUAUGUGAAGCUGGUGGACAGCGUGAAAGAGAAUGCAGGCACUGUUAGGAUAUUCUCCAGUCUUCAUGUCUCUGGGGAACAGCUCAGCCAGUUGACUGGAGUAGCUGCCAUUCUCCGCUUCCCUGUCCCUGAACUCUCUGACCAAGAGGAUGAUUCCAGUUCUGAAGAAGAUUAAUGAUUGGAACUUAGAAUCCAGACAACCUUGGGUCUCCUUCCCUCUUACAUUUUCUCAGCAUCCUUGUGACCGGGAGCUGCGAGAGUGACACUUUGUGGUCCUUAACAGGGAUUUCUCAUGUGUUUAGUCUCACUAGGUAUUCUGUGGUUGGCAGGGCAUGUGUUCAGACUAAAGAAUAAAUUAAAAGGAAAUAAUCUCCAAGUACGGUAUACCAUCUUUAUUAAUUAGGAUAAUUUUAUAUAGGAAUUAUGAGUUACCUGCAGUAAUGAAAAACAUUUUGUGUAUUUAAUAAGAACGCCUAUAUAUUCUUUAGGAUAGAUCAUAAAAUCCCAUUGCUUCAUGCUUUGAAAUAGUUUUCCUUAGGAAAAGCUUUUUAAUAUUUCAUUAUCCUCAAUUUACAUUAUUUUAAUUCUGCAUAGUGUUUCUUACACUGCUUUUAUUGAUCCCUUUUCUCCCAAAUUCCCCUACACUCCCCAUUUUUUUAAUUUUUAAGUUUAUUUGCUAUUAAAUUAUAGCCAAAUAAUUAGUAGACUUUUCUUGAAGGCAAGUUUAAAAUGGUAUUUUUCUUAGGAGACUUGUUAAACCAAUCAUGUUAAAAGUAAGCUCUUGGUGUUUUUGUGUUAGAAUUAAUCAUAUUUGCUAUAGAGGACCACUUAAUCAGGUAUUUUUAGAUCAUAGAGUUGUGAGCUGCUGGGGAUUCUCAAGAUAAUCUAUUUGAGGCAUCUUUAUUUUUAAAAUGAGACUAAGGCAUAUGAUUUGCUUGUCACGUGGCUAAUGGCAAAGCUGGAAGUAGUCCCCAUUUCUUUGCACUGCCACACUAUUUAUGUAUUUAUUUUUUCGUUCGUCAUAGACUUAAUGCUAUCUUAUAUUUGUAUGUGGCGUUAGUCUGUGUUUCACAUUCUUAUUGCACUUUCUCUACACCCUUAUUUAGGGGUGAGAAAGCCUGUUCAGAACAGAAAGUUCGAGUAAGUCACAUUGUUAAUAUAUGGCAGUUGACUUGAACUCCAGUACUAUUUAGUACAAUUAGGGAAUCUCUGCAAAUACCUGAGAGUUUACAAUAUUUUUUUUAUUAAGUAUUUUUGAUGUGCAUUUCUAAGAGUUAGGGAGGGAGCCUAGGAAUGGAACUGCAUCUUAACCAUUUAUAAACCUCACCAUAGCACAGUAAUUAGGAAAGGCCUUAUGAAGACAGAGUGCUAAUUUAGUUUGUAACUCCAGGAUCAGUGGUACCCACUUCAAGUAGGGAUGCUGAGUAAACGUUUGCUUUUCCUUUCUGUCUGGGCUUUUCUCCUGGUGUAAGUACCAGGUUUGGGGAUUAUUUUUUAUAAACUUCCUAACUAAUCUGAACCUUUUUUUCUGUAAUUAGGAAUAGACACCUCAUAUACUUUAAAAUCACAUUUUUACAUAUCUACCUCCUAAUCUAAAAAUAGUUCAGAUUAUUUCAUUAUAAUUCCAUGAAUAUUUAACUUGAAAGUAUUAUUAAAAGUAUGUUAUUAAAUAAUUUGAUAGGAGUAUAGAAGCGAAGCCACUAAGAUUCUUAAUGUUAGAACCUGAUUGAUAAUGGAUCAUAUUCUCAGUAAGAAUAUGGAGAUUUGUAGCAUCUAUUAUUCUCAUAAUCUAUGUACUGGUUAUUCCGAGCUGUGGUACUUACGGUAAUAGAAGCCAGGGGAGAUAAAACGUACCAGUAGACCUAACCAAUGCAUUUUAGGCCAUAGGUUCACACAUUGAGCUGCUUGUUAAUCUCUCGGGAGCUUUUAAAACUCAGUAUCCAGACUGGACCCCAGAUUAAAUAACCUUUCACCCCUAGAAGUGUUUAAACCUCCCCAGGUGAUUCCAAUAGGCAUAAAGGCUGAGAGCCACUGAAGGCCUUGCUAUUCAAAAGUGUAUGGUCUGUGGACCAGCAGCAGCCCUGGAAUCCAGGGCUCUAUCCUGGACCUACUGAGAUGCAAUCUGUAUUUUAACAUCUUCAGUUGAUUGCUGUGCAUAAUAAAAUCUGACAAAAAUAAGCUAUAGUUUAUUCUCCCUAUGCUGGUAAAUCUCUGGCUGGGGUUGCCAGCCAUAGAGAAAAAAAUUUGAGUUUUGAGGUCUUUCGAGAGAGUUAACCAGCCAAUAUUCAGUUUAACUCUCCAUAACACUUCUCUAAAUAAAACCCUGUUUUUUAUGUCUACAAAGUAUUUAAAAUAUCUUUGAGAAUUUCUAUUUUUAAAAAGUUACAUUUUGUACCAUUAUCAAGAGUAUAAAUUGUCCUAGAUGCAUAGGUAGAAAUAUCAAAAUGGAGACAAGCGUAUAAAAGUAAAAAUUCUAAUAAUUAUUUUUUACUGUUAUCUAAAAAACAAAAUGAACCAUAAGUCUUUGGAAAUUGUACUCAGUUGUCUAAUUCCAAUUGCUAUUUAUUAAUAAGGAAUGACUAUGUAGUAACAAAUGGAAACACUACCAGUAACAUACCUCUCCUGCUAUCAUGUACUGUAAAUUUCCAUUCACCAUCAGGUUCUUGUUGUGAACAAACAUUUGCUACCCCACUAGGCGCAAUAAAUGAGAAGCUUGCAAACUGUUUUAUUUUGCUCUACAUAUGAUACAUAUCAAACUACGUUUUGCUAUUCCUGGUCCACCAUUUAUAUGUUAAAUAUUUUGCUGAUUUUAUGUCUGGAUUGUUGAUUAUGGAUUACACUUUCAUUACCCCCUUAUAUGUAAGUUGGAUCUUUUUCCUCUCAGAUCCCGCUAGAGUAGCUUUGUAAAGCUACCUUUCCUUUGUCUCUACUUACUUCCUAUCACUAACUUUAGUUUCCUUUUUUAAUCACUAUGACGAUUUCUCUCAAACCUCAAAGUUUCUUUGACAGAAGUGACAUAAUUUCUGCAAUUCAUGUAUUCUGGAACUGAAAUUCUCUUUAUUGCUAAAAAUAAAAGUGCACAAAUGAAA